GAUUACAUCAGAUAUGACUAUGUGAAUAGCCUAGGAUAGCCCAAAGGAAGGACAUGAUGUCAGAAUAACGUACCAAACAUUUGUGAGAAUCUUGAUGUCUGUUCUGAUUUAAGGGCAAGGCCAGAAAACCAUGCAGUCAUCAGGGCACAGGUUCCGUGAUGUUGAGCACCACCCGCUUCUUGCUGAAAAUGACAGCUACGAUUCCUCUUCCUCAGAGGCCGACAUGGCAGAGAGGGUUUGGUUCAUCCGAGAUGGCUGUGGUAUGGUCUGUGCUAUAAUGACGUGGCUUCUGGUUGUCUAUGCAGACUUCGUAGUGACUUUUGUCAUGUUGCUGCCUUCCAAAGACUUUUGGUACUCUGUGAUCAACGGUGUUCUCUUUAACUGCUUGGCAGUACUAGCUUUGUCAUCGCAUCUGAGAACUAUGCUAACUGAUCCAGGGGCUGUACCCAAAGGAAAUGCCACUAAAGAAUACAUGGAUAAUUUGCAACUGAAACCAGGAGAAGUGAUCUACAAAUGUCCAAAGUGCUGUAGUAUCAAACCUGAACGUGCACACCAUUGCAGUAUUUGCAAACGAUGUAUUCGAAAGAUGGAUCACCACUGCCCGUGGGUGAAUAAUUGUGUGGGGGAGAAAAAUCAGAGAUUUUUUGUUCUGUUUACGAUGUAUAUAGCCCUAAUUUCAGCUCAUGCGCUCAUACUGUGUGGGUUUCAGUUUUUCUCCUGUGUCCGAGGGCAGUGGACUGAAUGCAGUGACUUCUCCCCACCCGUAACUGUGAUCCUGAUGAUCUUCUUGUGCCUUGAGGGUUUUCUGUUUCUCACUUUCACUGCAGUCAUGUUUGGCACCCAAAUCCACUCAAUAUGCAAUGAUGAAACGGAGAUUGAAAGACUGAAGAGUGAAAAGCCAACAUGGGAGCGAAGACUACGUUGGGAAGGAAUGAAAUCUGUUUUUGGGGGUCAGCCUUCACUCCUAUGGAUCAAUCCUUUUGCAGGAUUUCGAAUCAGGCGACUUCUACUGAGAGCAAAGAAAGGAGGACCUGAGUUUUCUGUUUGAGUCUAAUUAUGCUGGAACUUGCAAGAAUACUAUAUAUUUAUUUGGGGCCAGAGAAGGCUGUCUACAUAUAAUCUGUGACCAGGUGAAACUGAUACCAGACAUUUGCUUGUAGCAAGCAGUUUUAUACGUUUAUCGUCACAGACAUCUCAUUAACUUUCAGAGACACGAACUGGAUCAGUAAUGGUCUUAACAGCAAGAUAACAAAGGAAAAGCACGUGGUCACACUAAAGAAGCCAAAUGUUGUCAUGCUACUGUAAUUUAUUUUAUGAGAUUAUCCAUUUUUGUUAAACCCUUUUUAUUUGAUAAAUGUUUGGGGAAUUACCUGUGUGUUUUUAUAAAAAGCAUAUACUUAGGUGCCGUUGUCAAUCAUAAGGAGGAGCAUUAUGGUGAAAGUUGAUCUCAAGUGAGACCUAGCCUUCUAAAUCCAGUUUUCAGGGAAUAGUGGUUUGUUCGGUUUUAAUUUAUAUUUCAGCUUGUCCUAAUAAACAGAGCUGUACUCUUGUGUCCCACUUCAGGCACACAUUCCUCAUAUGCAAGUGAUUCAAAGGACUGGUGCACACAACAGCAUAACACAUCAGAGGCACUGUUACACCCCUGCCAAACGUCUUCCCAGGCUCACAAAAGCAUGUCUUGUGUUUGGCAGUAUUAAUCUCAUGUGGCAUUUAGGUAAGUUCUAAAUCUUCAGUAAACAACACUUAACUGACGGCUGUGGGCCGGUUUCUGCCCUCAGAUAUGGCAACUCCAAUUCUUAAAGCAUUGAUUCUAGAGGAACUUAAGUGUAGGUGUUGGAGGAUUGUAUCUAGUCCUCUGUGCAGGGGUAAGUGGGAGCAGUGACUGUAUCCUCCUGUGUGAGAUUAAAAUGAAUGUACUGCAGAUUGGAGUUAACUGACUGAAAACAGUUGUCUUUGUAAGGUCUUGCUCUGCCCCUUUUUUAUUGUACAGAUCUUCAAUGUAGAAAGAUCUGCAAUAGAAGGAAUUAUUUUGAAUUUAACCAUUUUCCAACCAAAACUACUUUUAAGAAAUGAGAGCAAUAUAGAUCUAGAACUGCUUUAUGGGGGCCUGAAAAACAACAGUAGUGCUAAGAAAUGUUUAUAAAUCUGCAAGUGAUGAAAUACAAACUGCAAGUAAUGAAAUUCAGCUAAAAGUGGAUUCUUUAAAAAUAAUAUUUAGACUAUUUUUUGUAUUGUUAAUCUGUUCUAUAAAUUACCGACAAUAUAAAGGAUAAAGCAGGAGCCUUGAUGCAUAGCUUGAAAUCGUGCCUAGAAAGUAAAUAGCUCCCUGUUCUGGGACUUGCCUUAAAAUUGUCCUGUUCUUGCUUUUGCUUUGCCAUUAGCACUGAUGAUCUGUCCCACCUCAAGCAGUUCAACCUGCUGAAUAAUCUUGCAUUAUAAAGUUUAUGUACUACAGAAGUUAAUACUUUCUUUUUUCAGCGACCCGCUUCUCCAUUUCUUUGUAACUGUUUGUGGCAUCUGGAUUCCAGCUUCAUCAGGUUUUAUACCAUUGGGUGGGUGAAAUUCCGAAGGGAUCCAUUUAUUCUCUAUGGCCCUGCGAACAAAACUGUGCAAUACUAUGUAAUACGUUCACUUUGCUUGGGGGAGGUGAUGUGUAACAGCGGACAACUUCUAGGUGGACACAUCCAAGGAAAUUGCAGUCAAAUGAACAAAACUCUGUCUCGUGCAACUGAGGGGAAAGUUGGAAGUUCCACAAGAAUCUCUGCGUAUUCAGUUGCACAUCUUAAUGAUUGGGAAAAAAUGUGUCUGGCUUUGUCAUGAGGCUCUUAAUGUGUAUAUUGUUUAAUAAAAUCCUGAUGCAAAUCAGAAAAUAUCACUUCAAGCGGUUGAACCCUGUGACUUAGCAAGUGUGUGCGUGUGUGAAAUCAGGUUUACUUGGCUUUUCAAACCCUUGUUACGUUGUAAUUUUUUUAAUGUAAAAAAAAUAAAGUAAUGAAUUGAAGUCUU